AAGGCACAGAGGGAGAAGGUGAGGAGGCAGCAGAACAAUGCCAGGGAAAGAGUCCGUGUGAGGGAUAUAAACGGGGCAUUCAAGGAGUUAGGCAAAAUGGUCACCAUGCAUUUGAGACUUGACAAACCGCAGACUAAACUAGGUGUCUUACAAAAUGCAGUCUCACUAAUCACUGCACUCGAGCAGCAAGUUAGAGAGCGUAACUUAAACCCAAAAGCUGCAUGUUUGAAGCGCAGAGAGGAGGAAAAGUUG